CCAUUCAGUGAGACAUUUAACCGAAGGAUAGAGCAGCUCCUGGAGCACUUCAGUAUCCCAGGGCUCGCCAUUUCUGUUGUGCAAGAUGAUGAGAUCUUCGCGAGGGGCUACGGAGUGUCUGACAUCGAGACCUCGCAAGCAGUGUCCGAACACACGCUAUUCUUCGCUGGAAGCACGACCAAAGCCUUCACCGCUGCUGCAGUUUCGCUUCUGGUGGACGAUAACCAUCAUUACCCCAACAUCCAGUGGACCACUCCCGUUCAUUCCAUCAUCCCGGAAGACUUCACUAUGGUCGAUCCUUGGUAUACGGCCCAUGUCACCGUGACAGAUAUGCUCUCUCAUCGCUCAGGUCUACCACGCCAUGACUGGCUGCUGUUGACCAAUCUGAGUCAGCAGGAGAUUGUCCAGAAGAUACGAUACCUGCCACUGACAGCAGAAAUCCGCACCAAGUUCCAAUACAGUAAUCUCAUGUAUAUCACCGCCGCUCACAUGAUCGUUUCCGUGUCCGGUCAAUCGUUGCCGUCGUUCUUGACUGAAAGGAUCUGGGCCCCGCUGAACAUGUCGGAAACCUAUCUUUCGUUGACCGAUGCCCAGCGCGCAGGAAGGAACAUCUCACAGGGUUAUUACCUUGAUACUUACGGCAAGCUUGUGUCAACCCAUCAUGUCAGUAUGAGGAAUUCGCGCGGUGCAGGGAAUAUCCUCUCUUCAGUUGCAGAUUAUGCCAAAUGGAUUUCGACUCUUCUGCGCAGGGGCUCCCCGUUGUCUGAAGCGGCCUACCACACUCUCUUCGGUGCUCACAGCAUCGCUACCAGGGAGUCAGUCCCGCCCUUUCUAUCACCGACGCUAUACGGGAUGGGCUGGGUGGUACAGACGUACCGCGGUGAAACCGUGAUCCAGCACGCUGGAUCCCAGUAUGGGUUCGGGUCUCUAGUGGUCCUUCUACCGCAGCGUAAGCUGGGGGUUGUGGUCAUGGGCAACAACAUGCGUGGGACCAAUGCGGCUGCAGAUAUCAUUGCUUUUGACAUCAUAGAUGAUGUCCUCGAUACUCCCAGAGAUGAACGCUUCGAU